CGAGACGUAACCUCGAUAUUCUUCCACAUCCACGCAAUCUAUCGAUAACUGCCACUUCACACGGCAGCAAAUCAAACUCCCGGAUUGCCUCAUGAAUAUGGUCAAGCUGGAGAUAAAUCCGAAACAUGGCUGGGUCUUCAACGCCACAGAUGCUGUUUCGGGACCUCCUCGCCAACUUCAAUGCGAUCACCUGCACACUUUUGACGCCAUAAUCUCGGACCAUGAAGUACCUCUCGUUUCCUCCACGCCGGGGCGGCUCAAUGCAGCCCUCGGUGAGGUUGGGGGGUGCCUCGGAAAAGUUUAUAUACCAUGAAUCGCCCAGUCCCUAGAGUAACACCAUUGGGACAACAGACAGUAUACAUCACAAGUGUGUGAUUUGAAGAGCUCGAGCGAGCUCAGAGGUUCCUCUGGACAAGCGGGGCCAAAGUUGGCCCGCUGGAAAGACAAAUCCGAAUGACAACCGUUUCGCCGGGGCUGUCAUCCGAAAACGUGGGAGGUUGGGGGGUUUCUUCAUGUAAUAUUCGAGACGUCUGGAAGGCCAAUGCACAACUAUCGUGAAUCUCGGCUUCA